CAGAUUGCUUCCCAACUACUCAAUAAAAUCCUACAGAGAUAAUACCCCACCUCCCCAAUCUCCAUUCCCAUCCCAUUCCCAUAGCACGCCUCUCUCUCUCUCUCUCUCUCUCUCUCUCUUAGAUAUAUAUAAGGCAUAUACUAAUGCACAGUACUGGUAGUAGCAACUGCAAAUCUGAAGGGAUCUUUGCACAAUUUAGUGAACAAAUGGAUUUGAAACCAAAAAUCCAUCAAGAAGAAGAAGAAGAAGAAGAAGAAGAAGACGUACAACAUCUUCAUGUGUUAGCAGUGGAUGAUAGUCUCAUUGACAGAAAGCUCUUGGAGAGGCUUCUCACUGUCUCUUCCUACCAAGUGACUUGUGUGGAUUCUGGAAACAAAGCUUUGGAAUACCUGGGUUUGCUUGAUGACAAAGACAACAUUGAUUCCACAAGCUCUACUACUACUACUCUUUCUUCUUCUUGUUCUUGUACAUCUUUAUCCCAACAAGAGGUGCAGGGAUCAAAAGUCAACUUAAUCAUCACAGAUUAUAGCAUGCCGGGAAUGAGCGGCUAUGAUUUGCUAAGAAGAGUGAAGGGGUCUUCUUGGAAAGAUAUACCAGUUGUCGUGAUGUCAUCAGAAAAUGUACCUUCCAGAAUCAAUAUGUGCUUGGAAGGAGGAGCAGAGGAGUUCCUACUAAAACCGGUUCAGUUAUCGGAUUUAAGGAAGCUUCAAUCUUACCUUUUGAAGCCCCUGACCCAUUCAUGCGAAGAUCUCGAUAUGAAUUUGGUCAAUAGUAGCGAUCACAACAACAAUAACAGUGACAACAACAACAACAAUGACAAGAGCAACAACAAUAACCUUAACAAAAGGAAAGCAAUGUCCCCAGAGUGCUCCUCAGAGAGAAGGCCCAAAAUGAAAGAAUUAGCUGUGGUUUAAUAUAACUAAUCUAACAUUUUUUAGAUUUUUUUUUUUUUUUUUUGGAGAGAGUAUAUGAUAUGCAUGCAUGGCUUACCAUAUUUUGUUUAACUUGAUUAACACAAAUAUUUUGUUUGCAAAUUAAGCCUCUAAUUUAUCCAUAGAAUUUGUGUC